CCUUUGGACUUUCUCAGUGAUUCGAGAAUCACAUGACUGAGCCCAAUCAGCGCUCUUCCUGCUCCCUCCUCCUUUCCCCCCCCUGCGUAUAAUUAAUUAAAUUAAAAUAAAACCCCUCCUCCUCCAUCAUCACGCUGAAACUCGAUUCCAUUCCAUUUCCUCUUUUUUCAGUAACAGACAAACGAAGAAGAAACAGAGCUCAUCAUCAGAGAUCAUCGAGGGGGAGAGAGAGAGAUUGAGGUUGAGAUCGAGUUCGAUGUUAGUUUGGGGGUGGGCGGAACGAGGAGGCGGAGGAGGAUUGAAUGUGGGAGUUGCUGUGGGCUUGACGGCGAUGGCUGGCCUCGCUCUGGCCGCCACCUUCGUCAUCUCUUCAUCUUAUAGGUAAAAAAAAGAAAAAAAAGCCCUAAUUCUGAUUGAACCUCUUUUUCUUUAAAAAAAAAUUGAGGAAGAAGAAGAAGAAGAAGAAGAAGAAGAAAAGAGUUGGUAUUAGAUGAAAGCUUUGAGGAGAUCAAACACUUCUUGUUCCUCCCGUUCCCCUUCGUCAUCUCCCUUUGUUGAUGUUGAUGUUGAUGCUGAUGCCACCCCCGUCUCCUCUUCGCCGUUAUCAUCGUGGAUACAUUUGAGAUCGCUCCUCAUUGUUGCCUCCUUUCCUCUCCCCCAUCGACGCAGUAUUAGCUCACCUUGGACGGCUCGAAAACGAAGAAACGCUCUCUCCUCUAGGAGAUGGGAGAGCCUGUUCUCAGCUGAAGGAAAGCUUCGUGAUGGCGGAGUGAAGCUUCUGAAGAAAGCUAGAAGUGGAGGGAUUGAUCCAAGCAUCAGAGCCGAGGUCUGGCCUUUUCUCCUUGGAGUAUAUGAUCUGAACAGUACAGAAGCUGAAAGGAAUACCGUCAAAGUACAGAAAAGGAAAGAAUAUGAAGCUUUAAGGAGGCGUUGUCGUCGAAUUUUAAGUCACAACCGCAGAGGCAUUUACUUGUUAGAACUGUGUGAGUUCGGUAAAGGUGACAGCUGUUGUCUUGAUGAGAUCCCUGAAUCCUCUAGCACAGAAGUCCGUAAUCUCACCGAAGGAGAGAGUGACCAUUUUGACCAACCGCUAUACGAUACAAGUCCGGAGUCCAAAUCAUGUAAUCUGGACGAAGAGGAAGAAGAUAGGAGUGGUAUCACUAACAUCGAGGUGUCCUUGGUGGAGACAGAAUCGUCUGAUUCUGAUUCCUCGUUCGAAGAAGAAUCUGAAAGCACAGCAGCAUCCUGCAUCCUCGAACAGAUUCUAGACCCUGAGUCCAAGUACAGCUGUGCUUCACAUAAAAGAGACCCUUCUAUUCGAACCACUGAGGACUUUGAAACAUGGCAGCGAAUAAUUCGACUGGAUGCUGUAAGAGCCAAUGCUGAGUGGGUUAUAUACUCUCCAUCACAAGCCCUGGUCUCAGAGGAACAAGCUCUACAAUCUGCUGCAUCAGUUGGACUCAAAGAUUUUGACCAUCUGGAGCCGUGCAUGAUCUAUCAUGCCGCCCGGCUGGUUGCAGUUCUUGAGGCCUAUGCAAUCUAUGAUCCCGAGACUGGCUACUGUCAAGGAAUGAGCGAUCUCCUUUCUCCCAUACUUGCAGUUAUGGAGGAAGACCAUGAUGCAUUCUGGUGCUUUGUGGGUUUCAUGAAGAAAGCCCGUCACAACUUUAGACUUGAUGAGGUGGGCAUUCGUAGGCAGUUGAAACUUGUCGCAAAGAUUAUACAGACCAAGGAUUUGCACCUCUAUCGCCACUUAGAGAAGCUUCAGGCUGAGGACUGCUUUUUUGUGUACAGAAUGGUGGUAGUUUUGUUUCGACGGGAGCUUACCUUUGAGCAAACAGUGUCCCUUUGGGAGGUUAUGUGGGCAGACCAAGCAGCGGUCAGGGCAGGAAUUAGGAAGUCAGCAUGGGGGAGGAUCAGGGCAAAGGCUCCUCCUACUGACGAUUUAUUGUUGUAUGCUAUUGCUGCUUGUGUGCUGCAGAAGAGGAAGUUGCUAAUUGAGAGAAGCAGCAGCAUGGAUGAGAUCAUGAGAGAAUGCAAUAGCUUGUCCGGGCAACUAGAUGUUUGGAGGCUUCUCGAUGAUGCCCAUGAUCUGGUUGCCACAGUACACGAUAAAAUCGAGUAGUAGUGUGGCCUUUGAGUUUCCACUUCUGAUCAUUUUUCUUCUUUUGAGAUUUAUUAUAACCAGAUUUCGGCAUUUCGCUCCCUUCUCCUGUUGGGCAACAACAUCACUGCCAAUUUGGAGUCAGUUCGGAGGGGAAAAAAAAGUUUUGUAAUCCUGCUGGGUUAAAUUAUUUUUGAGUUAAUACAGGCCCGGCCAAUGUAAUCAGAUUCUUCUCUUGAUUUUUUAUAAUUUAUGGGGGGAAUAUGAGUUAGGGCUUAUAACUUGAA